AUGUCGACAAUCCCCGCACUUCCCUCCAAAAGGGUUCCCUAUGUCAAGCUGGGCAAGUCUGGCCUGAAAGUCUCCCGAAUCAUAUUGGGUUGCAUGACGUAUGGCGCGCCAUGGUGCGACCAGGACUGGUUCCUCGGAGAGGAGGAGGCCGUCAAACACAUCAAAUAUGCGUAUGAUGCGGGUGUCCAGACAUUCGACACCGCAAAUAUCUACUCUAAUGGCUUGUCCGAGGAGAUUCUCGGCAAAGCGAUCAAACAGCUUGACCUGCCCCGCGAGGAAAUCGUUGUCAUGACCAAGUUUACCGGCUAUGUGUCUCCGCGGCGGGAAGAGUUUCUCAGAAACCCCAAGGAGUUCGAAGAAAAGCUGCGCUGCGUCAACCAAUAUGGUGGCAGUCGCAAGCACAUCUUCCAUGCUGUACAGGACAGCCUGAAGCGCUUGCAGCUGGACUACAUCGACGUCCUGCAAGUACAUAGGCUCUGGGAAGGCUACGAAAUAACAGAACUGAUGGAGGCCCUCCACGACGUGGUCAAAGCGGGCUGGGUGCGCUAUAUCGGGUUGAGCUCUUGCUAUGCUUGGGAGUUCCAUGCUUUGCAGAACUAUGCCAUCACCAACCGUCUGACGCCCUUCAUCUCGAUGCAAGACCACCACAGCCUCAUAUACCGCGAGGAAGAGCGCGAGAUGUUCCCCACCCUGAAGUAUUUUGGCGUCUCGGCGAUCCCGUGGUCGCCCCUGGGCCGCGGCCUUCUGUGCAGACCGUUCCGCGAACAAGCGGCCACGAAGCGCGCGACGACCGACUGGGUGUCUGAGAUGUAUCAGGACAUCCCGGCGUUGAAGGCGAUCAUUGACAGGGUCGAGGAGCUCUCCAAGAAGAAGGGAGUCAGCAUGGCUCAGAUUGCGAUUGCUUGGGAACUGUCUAAAGACGUCGUCGCUGCGCCCGUGGUCGGCACGACGAGCCUGGAGAACCUCAAGGACAUUCUGGAGGGGGUCCACUUGAAACUCACUGACGACGAAAUCAAAUAUCUGGAAGAGCCCUACGUGCCGGUAAAGACAAUGGGAUUUCAGGUGUCGUAA